AUGGAGGCCUCGGCCCCCGGCCGGCGGCGGCGGCGGCGGGGCUGGCGGCGGGCCCGGGGCGCGGGCUGCGCGCUCAGCUGGGCCGCGGUCGGCCUCGUGCUGUCCGCCUUCGUGGCGCGGGCGUCCCCCCCAGGCCCGGAGCCGCAGCUGACCUCGGAGCACGCGGUCCGCGUGGACGCGCGGGAGGGGGGGCUCCGGGGGCUCACGGCCUGCGGGAGGGCGGCCGGGCCGGCGGGGACUGAGCGCGCCGAGGCCCCCGCUUGCGGGGAGCGCGAGAUGCUGGAGCCGCGCGUGCCUGGCAGGCAGCGGCCUCCCGGCCCCGAGGACACUCGCCGCCCCGUGUUCCGCGCUGUUGGGGCCGGUGCUGUGCUUUGCGCUGCUGCUGCUGCCGCUGCUAGUCCGCGUGCCCGGCAGCACUGGCCCCACGAACGUGAGCGCGUAUCGUACCCGAGCCCUACGCGGUCUGUGCCACGCGCAGGGUGCGUGCUGGUCAAGGGGGGUCACGGCGGGCCCGGGCCCCGCGGACUGCUGACGCAGUGGGAGACCCUGCCGGCGCUCGAGGGACCCGUAGGCCGGGGCACAGCACGUGCCCGGAGGGAGGGGCUGGAGACGGGACCAGGGCAGGCCGCGGGCUUCACGGGGUGGUUGUGGAGACCCUGGAGGCGGGCGAUAGCGGGGAAGCAGGAAGAGGUGAAUCUCGGGGGAGUAGGCGGAGGAGGCCGCGCCUUCCCCGGUGACCCGGCCGCGGGGACUGCCACACCCACCGCUGCGGUGCCCCAGCUUCUGACCAGGCACGUUGCUGAUCUUGCCUUCUUGUUUUUCAUAGUCGGAUAUUUCAUUCGAUUUCCAAGAGGUUUUCGCUUGACCCAAGAAACGGUGAAAAUUGUGGGAUCAUCCAGUUUUCCAGUGAAAGUAUAUGUUAUGCUCCAUCAAAAGAGUCCGCACGUGUUAUGUGUAACCCCACGGCUGCGGAAUUCGGAAAUGAUUGAUCCAUCAUUCCAAUGGCAUGGGCCAAAAGGAAGAAUUAUUUCAGAGAACAGCACUGCACAAGUAACAUCCACAGGAAGCCUUGUAUUCCAGAACUUUGAGGAGGGCAUGAGUGGCGUGUACACGUGUUUCCUGGAAUACAAACCAACUGUGGAAGAAAUUGUUAAAAAUAUUCAACUAAAAUAUCUUAUAUAUGCAUAUCGUGAGCCUCAUUAUUAUUACCAGUUCACAGCUCGAUACCAUGCAGCUCCCUGCAACAGUAUCUAUAAUAUUUCUUUUGAGAAGAAACUUCUUCAGAUUUUAAGCAAAUUGGUUCUUGACCUUUCAUGUGAAGUUUCUUUACUGAAGUCGGAGUGCCAUCGUGUUAAAAUGCAAAGAGCUGGUUUGCAAAAUGAAUUGUUCUUUACGUUUUCAGUUUCAUCUCUAGACACUGAAAAAGGACCUAAGCCAUGUGUGGACCAUAAUUGUGAAUCUUCCAAAAGACUGUCUAAGGCUAAAAAUCUUAUAGAGAGAUUUUUUAAUCAACAAGUAGAAGUUCUAGGCAGACGUUCAGAGCCAUUGCCUGAAAUAUACUAUAUUGAAGGUACUCUCCAAAUGGUUUGGAUUAAUCGCUGCUUUCCAGGGUAUGGAAUGAAUACCCUGAAACAUCCAAGAUGUCCUGAAUGCUGUGUGAUCUGCAGCCCUGGAUCUUAUAACCCCCGUGAUGGAACUCACUGCCUUCAGUGCAACAGCAGCCUGGCGUUUGGAGCAAAAGCAUGCUUAUAG